AUGAAGAAAUAUCUCGUUAAGGCCCAAGAAUACACAAAAGCAUUCGUUCAGUUCGACAUAAAACACGUACCAAGGGCAGAGAACAAAAAGGCGGACGCACUCGCAAAAUUGGCCUCAACAACAAGUUCGGAAUGGAAAGACGCUAUUUAUCUUGAACGAAUAGGGAAACCCUCAUACGAAGGGGACAAAAUUAACUCAGUAGAGUCUAAAAUCAGUAAGGACGAUUGGAGAGCGUCUCUAUUCCUAUACCUUAAGGACGGAUCCCUACCAGAGGACAAUAAGGAAGCUCUAAAGGUGAGGAGCAAAGCUGCAAGAUAUACGUUGAUGGGCCGGGAGCUCUACAUGCGAUCCCUAACACUGCCCUACCUUCGAUGUUUAAGUAACGAGGAAGGGGAGUACAUACUACGGGAAAUCCACGAAGGAGUUUGCGGAAACCAUCUUGCUAGUAGGGCUCUAGCCCACAAGGCUAUGCGACUGGAAUUUUACUGGCCCACAAUGAAGAAGGACACGGUCGAGCUCGUCAAAAGAUGCGAUAGAUUGGUUUGCCGUUUCAGAAUCCCUUGGGCAAUAGUUACGGAUCACGGGAGGCAGUUUGACAACAAACGCUUUAAAAAGUUCUGUUCGAACCUAUCUUUUAAGCUCGUCUUCGCAUCAGUGGUGCACCCCCAGAGCAAUGGACAGGUAGAGAACAUGAACCGGACGAUACUGGACGGGUUGAGGACGCGACUCGAAUCUACGCAAGGUAGAUGGGUAGAGGAACUCCCCUCACUCAUAUGGGCAUACCACACCCCCAAGAGGGCGGUAAUAAGGGAAACCCCUUUUAUGCUCGCCUUCAGCACAGAAGCAGUCAUCCCAGCAAGGGUAGGGAUACCCUCCUGGCGAAGGCAGUACUUCAGCGAGCAGAUCAACAACAAAGAGCUCAUAUCAGAAAUAGACUUACUGGAAGAGAGACAGGACUAG